UUCUUCCUUCUUCUUCAGUGAUACCCCUCCCGAUUUACUUCUUAUUCUCAGUUUCAAUAGACUGAACCGGUCUGCCGGGUUCGUGUAACCUAGACGUCGUCCCUGAUCUAUCCAGUGCAACUCACUUCCUCAUUCUCACAGCCCAGUCAACUCAAACGAGAUGGGCGCUCGAUCAAACUCCGCCUCCGAGGUGGAAAAGUCCUCAACCAACUACCCAGGCGUCUCUACCGAGCAACAAGAGACUGUCCUCUCCGAUGCCUCCCUCGAGCCCUACGGACCCUCUGGCUUCAAGGGAAUCUUCGCCUCUCACUAUGUAGCCCUCUGCGCAGCGUUCUCCGCCAUUGGUGGUCUCCUCUUUGGUUACGACCAGGGUGUCAUUUCAGUCACCCUGGUCAUGGACCAGUUCCUCGACCGAUUCCCGGAAGUCUCUGACCACGCUGCGGGUUCUGGAUUCAAGAAAGGUCUCAUGACUGCCAUGAUCACUUUGGGUGCCUUCAUUGGUGCCAUGAACCAAGGUUGGCUUGCCGACAUGAUUUCCCGAAAGCGAUCCAUCAUGGUUGCCGUUGUCAUCUUCACCAUUGGCUCUUCCAUCCAGACUGCGGCUGUCAACUACGAUAUGCUCGUAGGAGGUCGCUUUAUCGGUGGUCUAGGCAUUGGCAUGCUUUCCAUGGUCGUACCGCUCUAUAUUUCCGAAAUCUCGCCUCCCGAAAUUCGCGGUUCUCUCCUCGUCUUCGAGCAACUCUCCAUCGUCUUCGGCAUUGUAGUAGCGUUCUGGAUCACCUACGGCACAAAGGAUAUCCCCAACCACUGGUCCUGGCAGCUUCCCUUCCUCAUCCAGAUCCUCCCCGGUCUCCUGCUCGGUUUCGGCGCAAUCUUCCUGCCCUACUCUCCGCGUUGGUUGGCAUCAAAGGGACGUGAAGAGGAGGCUCUCUUCAACCUUGCCAAGCUCCGCGUUCUCCCCGACACUGACCCGCGCGUUCGCCGCGAGUGGAUGGAGAUCAUUUCCGAGGCUCGCUUCCAGGCUUCUAUUCUCGCUGAACGUCAUCCCACACUUGUUGGAGGCGGAGGCAUUGCCAGCACUGUCAAGCUCGAAUUUGUCGCCUGGGGUGACUGCUUCAAGAAGGGAUGUCUGAGACGUACACACGUUGGUGCUGGCCUUAUGUUCUUCCAACAAUUUGUUGGGAUCAACGCCCUGAUUUACUACUCACCAACUCUCUUCGCGACUAUGGGACUCGACCAUAACAUGCAGCUCAUCAUGUCUGGUGUCCUCAACUGUGUUCAGUUGGUCGGUGUUAUCCCCAGUCUGUGGACUAUGGAUCGCUUCGGACGUAGAUCGCUUUUGUUGACGGGUGCCGUGGGCAUGACAAUCUCGCAAGCCGUCAUCGCUAUCCUCGUUGGACUGUACUCGAACGACUGGCCCAGCCAUACCACACAGGGUUGGGUCAGUGUGGCUUUCUUGCUGAUGUACAUGUUUGUUUUUGGCGCCACGUGGGGACCUGUACCCUGGGCUUUGCCUUCCGAGGUGUUCCCUUCAUCGCUCAGGGCCAAGGGUGUUGCCAUUUCUACCUGUUCUAACUGGAUCAACAACUUCAUCAUCGGUCUGGUUACCCCUCCCUUGGUUCAAGGAACCGGAUUCGGCGCAUACGUCUUUUUCGCUGCUUUCUGUCUCUUGGCCUUUGUGUGGGUUUGGUUCUGCGUGCCGGAGACGAAUGGAAAGACUCUGGAGCAGAUGGAUGAAGUCUUUGGUGACCGUACUGGACUGGAUGAUGUGGCGAAGAAGAACCAGAUUUUCCGAGAGGUCGUGGAUGAGCAGACCCAUACAGUUACUAUGUCGGCGUAGAUGUUUCUAGCUGGGGGAGUAAGAGCGAUGAAAUGCGUGAUGCAUAAUAAAGUUGUACUGUUGGAACGCAAAAGGAGAAUUCUACCUUACUGUAAGGAUG